AUGACGGGAGAUAAAAUUCUUUUCGAACCGGAGAUGAGAAAUAUAGAGAUGCUUAAGCCAUGGUGGGAUGAUCGAAUUGCGGAGUUUGGAAGCAAUGGAAAAUUUGUAAAAGUGUUGCAAAGCAAACCUCUUCCUUUUAAAGAGCUACUCGAAGAAAUUUAUGGUCAACAUGAUUUGGAUCAAGAUGAUCGUUAUUCACCAUUCAUGCGUCGGGAACGUAUCCAACAAAUGCAAGAAGAGGAAGCUAGUGAUGAAGAAAUAGCAGUUUGCGAAACACCAGAAGAAAUAUCUUUUGACCCAAGUAAUAUCAGAGCUUCAGAUGAUGAAUUUCCCACCAGAGAACAAGUACAACGUUCUUCACCUCGUGUGAAUAGAUCGAGUAUGCGGGUCCGAAAUACAUCCACUAAACGUCCAAAUCGAAGAAGGGUCAAUUUUGAGACACAAAUCCAAAGUGGAUUUCAACGUAUGGAAGAUUCUCGCACCAAUUUGUUAGAUGUCUUACGGUCACGACACCAUCAGAAGGCAACUUUUGGUGAUUCUUUGGCUGUAUUAGAAACAUUACAAAUUGAACCGAUAGGAAAAUUUUGGUGGGCUGCAAAUGGAUUGUUGGUGAAAGACGAAGAUAUCCGCGACGGGUUUAUGAAAUUACGAAGUGACGAGAAUAAAACUCAGUUUUUGGAGAGGCUAAGUGGCGUUGAUAGAUAUGGUGAUCCAUGCCAAAUCAUCAACUUAAAGGAGACAUGCAACACUCCAACUUCUUCUGUCCCAAUUACUCAUUCCCAAAUGGCUGGAUUUAACACUACUGCUUCCACAAGUUUCUAUCCGGGACUAGGAUUGUUUGAAACAAGAUCUUCUGGAACUAGUUUUUCAGCUUUGCUUGGGACUCCAACACCUAACUUGCUAGGCUCAAGUUCUGGCAUAUUUAGUUCUAACAAUGUUUCUUUUUACAGGAUUUUCGCAUUGCAGAAUUACUAUCACGUGGGAUCGAAAAUCUAUCCGAUGAAGAGCUUGCGGAGUUGA